UAGUUCAAAUAUAAUUUCAUAGAAAAGUUUUUUCAUAUAUAAUUUAGAUUUAAAUUUUUAUAUCUUCGAAUACAGAAAAAAAACGAAAAUUUCGAACUUUAAUAUAUCUCUUUAAAAAUUAUUUUCUAUUUUGAAUGUGAAUUAUGUAUAUUUAAUUAUACUAAAAACAAUAUUCUACCAAGUGUGAAAUAAUCGUGUGUAUAUGUGCAAGGAAAGCAAAGAAAUUAAUUACAUUUCUAAACUUGGGACAUGUGAAUUUCAGUGACAUGAUAAAAAUGGUGCAUUAUAAUUUAGUUUUUUAUUUCUUUUUAUUUAAUAUUGCCGUUGAUAAGAGUAAUACCUACAGAAUUCUCGGGAUUUUUCCAUUUAAUUCACGAAGUCAUAAUAAUGUAUUUGAAAGUGUUACAAAAGCUUUGGCUCGUCAUGGACAUCAGGUGGAUGUUAUUUCACAUUAUGAUUUAAAGACACCAAUUAAAAAUUAUAAACGAAUUAUUAAUUUAGAAGGAACAAUUGGAAAAAUAUCAAAUAAAUGGGACGCUAAUAGAGCAAAACAAGUGGCAAACACAGAAAUUGUUGAUUUAAUUGUAAAAGAUUGUGGUAAUAAAUUGUGUGAUUUGAUGGGAUUUAAAAAAAUACAAAAAUUUCUCAAAAAUCCACCAAAUAAUCCAGCUUAUGAUUUGGUUAUAACUGAGGCCGCUGCUGAAAAUUGUUACUUUGGUUUUGGACAUGCUUUAAAAAUUCCUGUGGUGGGAAUUUCGACUCUUUUACAAUUUUCAUGGUUCGAUGAGAGCAUCGGAAAUCCCAUAUCACCAGCAUUGGCAGUAAGUAUUUACAUGGAAAAUGCUGAAAUUUCAACAUUUUGGGAUCGUUUGAGAAAUACCUUCUUGACGCAAUUUGGUAGAUUAAAAUUUUAUUUUCUAACGGAGAAAUAUCAAUCUGAUGCAAUGAGAAAAUAUUUGAAUCCCGAGAUUCCUAAUAUUCGUGAAAUUGAAAGAAAUGUCUCGCUAAUAUUUGUCAAUACUUAUCAAAGUUUAUUAGGUAUACGACCAAAUACUCCCGCUCUCAUUCCAAUUGGUGGUAUACAAGUAGAACAAAAUCAGGACAAAAUUACUCCAGAAUUAAAGUCUUGGAUGGAUGAUAGUAAAGAUGGCGUUGUUUAUUUUACAUUAGGAUCAAUGGUAAUAGUGGAAAGUCUUAUGAAAGAACAAAUAUUAUCGCUUUAUGCCUCGUUCGCUAAAAUUUCGCCAGUUCGAGUAUUAAUCAAAAUAAAGGAUCAAACAAAACUUCCUCCGGGUUUGCCAGACAAUGUACGGACAAUGUCAUGGAUUCCUCAGAUUCCUGUUUUGUGUCACAAAAACACCAGAAUUUUUAUAACUCACGGUGGAUUAAAUAGUUUAACUGAAGCUGUUUACUGUGGAGUACCAAUGAUUGGAAUUCCAUUAUUUGGCGAUCAACAGUUGAAUAUAAAUAUUUUAACAUCAAAAAAUUUAGCAGUAAAAUUAGAUUACGAACAAAUGACUGAAAAAAAUUUAGACGAGGCUUUAAAUAAUCUUUUAUACGAUCCUAAAUAUGAACAAACUGCAAAAUAUGCAUCUCGUAUAUUUAGAGAUCGACCAAUGAAUGCUACGGACACUGCAAUUUUUUGGAUCGAGUACAUCAUUAGAAAUGGAGCCGACUCAUUAAAAUCACCUGCAGUCGAUUUAUACUGGUAUCAACUGGAAUUGAUAGACGUUUAUGGAUUUUUAAUCCUUUGCUUAUUAGUAAUAAUUUACGUGACAUUUCUUAUUUUAAAAAUAUCUUUCUAUAUACUAAAAUAUAUUCUAAGUUUGAGAUAUUAUUUACAUAAAAAAAAGAAUUAAAAUUCUCAUUAAAAUGAAAAAAAUAUGUAAUAAUUUUAAUCAAAUUAUUUUAAACAAUUCAUAUUAAUAUUUAUUGUAAUAUUAUGAUAAGAUAAUUCAAAUUUAAUAAAUUAUAUUAAUUUAAAAAGUAUGAUAGAUUAAAAAAAACAUUCUUCAAAUAGAAAAAAAAUGUUUUAAUAACUGUCGAUAAAAGUAAGUUUUUUCUUUCUUUUUAAAGAUAUAAAAAAUGAAAAUUGCAACAUUUUCUCUAUUUGAAAAGCAUGUUAUGCAUUUAAAAACAGUUCAUUUUAUUUCAAUAAAAAAUGUUAGCAGAUAAAUGCAACUUAUCAUGAUAAAUCAAAUUUUAAAUUGUCUACUACUUUAUAAACAAUUCGCUUUUAUUUGCCGGUACAUAUUGCAUAAGAUUUUAAGUGUCACUAUAACCAUCAAUGAGAUAAUGCACACUACAUAAUAAUCCGCUUAAUAGGAAGCGUAGUUUAUAAUAUUGGCCAGUUGAAAAACGAUAGUAGAGUGACAUUGAAAUUAGUGAAAUAAUACAAGGAUAUAAAACAAUGA